AUGGAUAACCGUGGCAAGAAUAUCUUUUCCUUUAUGUUUGAUGAUGAUUCAGAUGAUGAAGAACAUCAUCACAGAGUGAUAGAAUCCAUUGUCCACCAUACUUCACUGGAGAAUGAAGCCACCAAAAAUGGUGGGUCGGUAGUUGGUCGUGAGUACAAGAACCGUGAGAGGGAAGAUCGCCAUCACAAUCUCAUGUCCGACUACUUCAUUGAAAGGCCACAUUUUAAUACUACGGAUUUUCGUAGGCGGUUCCAAAUGCGGAAAGAGUUGUUUUACCGCAUCUUGAAUGAUGUUGUCAACCACAAGCCAUAUUUUCGCCUGAAAAAAGACGAGCUCGGCCGACAAGGGCUAUCCCCUGAGAAAAAGUUAACCGAUGUCUUUCGUAUGCUCGCAUGGGGAUGCUCAGUUGACGCGACCGACGAGUACCGUAGAUUGGGUGAAAGCACAGCUCUUGAGUCACUCUAUAAGUUUUGUUGCGCUAUUGAAGCCGUGUAUGGCCAAUGGUACCUCAGGUCUCCAAAUCCAGCUGACCUUUACAAGCUAUUGCACAAUGCAAGCAGUCGAGGCUUCCCAGGCAUGUUAGGAAGUCUUGACUGCAUGCACUGGGAAUGGAAGAACUGCCCAUCUUCUUGGGCAGACCAAUUUACCGCUCGUUCUCCAUUGUUCAAUGAUGUGGUACAUGGAGUGGCUCCUCAUGUUGAAUAUAUUGUUAAUGGAAAUCAAUACCAUUUGGGCUACUAUUUGGCAGAUGGGAUCUACCCUCGUUGGGCUGCUUUGGUGAAGACCAUAUCUUCCCCUGAUAACCCAAAGAAGAGGCCUUUUGCACAAAUGCAAGAAGCGUACAGAAAGGAUGUUGAAAGAGCAUUUGGAAUACUACAGGCUCGAUGGGCUAUUGUUCGGGGCCCUGCACGUAUGUGGUGCAAGGAUAACCUCCACUCAAUCAUGAUGACGUGUAUAAUUUUGCACAACAUGAUUGUGGAGGAUGAGUACGAAUAUGUUGAAGAGGAAUCUGACGAUGAGGAUAUGUGUCCACAACGAUCCAGGAGGGCCAGAGCAAGACAAUAUGAGUUGGAGCCAAGCAUUACAUACGAGUACCACCAAGAUAGGCAGACUCUAUUUGAAUACAUGAUUCAUCAUAAUAGAGUUCGAUCUCCACAUAUGCAUCAGAGUCUCCGACAUGAUUUGAUCAAUCACCUUUGGAGGAGCUUUGGAGAUGGUGAAUGA